UUGCAGACUUGGCGGCGAUACGUCAACUGCUGGAGAGCGAGACGGGAGGCACCACCUGUCCCAGCUGUAACAUGCCCUUUGACAAGGGCAAGAAGAGGAAACUGAUCGACACUUGCGGGCAUGAGCGAUGCUACUCGUGCAUGUUCAGGAACGAAGCUUGUCCGACGUGCGCGAGGAAUAACCAGGCCCAGCGGCGGCCGGUCAUGGAGAGGUACACCCCCUCGCCACAGCGGCAGGAGCCAGACUGGCAGUCACCGCACCGCCUGCCCAAGCCACCGAAGCAACCCUCCAACCUAGCACAGAGCUGCCCCACACCACCGCACACCAGGAGAAGAUUCUUCCUAAGCCCCAAAUCGCUACGCAGUCCUUUCGGGCAGCGCGCGCGCCACUCGCACGACAACCACGUGCCCCUCUCCGAUGAUGAAGGAGGUCACAUCAAGCAGACUGGUUACGAGUCCAGAAGACAAAAUGACCUGUACAUGCGUUUGGGACUUCUUUUGGGCGAGAGAAGAGGAGCGAGGAAUAAGGCUAGAGAUAGCUGUACUUCUCUCGCUUCUCUCGAUGCACAUACACUGGCGUCACAUAAUACCAGUCCUGUAUCAACCCUCACUGGUUCUUCAGAGGUGGAAGUAGCGACACCAUUGGGUCGUGACUCCUUAGGCUCUCUGGCGUCCAUGUCAUUAUCAGCAGCCAGCAACUGUUCCUCGUCCAGUCCUGGCAGCAGACGACAUUCUGUUAACACUCUUCAAAGUGGCAGAUCAGAUGAACUGACGCGAAUGUCCAGUGGAUUCUUCAAAACACGGAAAACAGCAGCCAGACGAUCAGCCAGGGUCAACAGUAAGCAAUCAUCGACAUCGUCCGAAAUCAAAAAAGUUCAUCCAUCACCACAACUUACAUUACGACCACUGUUCUUCGAGGUACCUUCAACAGACAAUCAGACGUUCUUCUCAGGAAGACAAUGGCUUAUGAGGGAUAUGGAGAAAGCCCUGGACUCUAGUGCUUCAGGUAUCAUAGUAUCUGGUUGUCCAGGCACUGGAAAGACAGCACUAAUACUCCAGCUAGUAGAAUACUCCUGCUUUGGUAGAAAAAAAAACUGCGAAUAUGAAGAAUUACGAGAACAAUCAGAUAUCAGGGAGAUGCUACCAGAGGAGCUCACUAUUGGCAUGUUCACCCACCUGGCUUCACAUGUAGUCGCUUAUCAUUUUUGUCAGGCUGAUAACAACAGUACUUGCCUCGUGGGUGAAUUCGUCCAUUCACUAGCAGCACAACUCUGCCAAGCUCCUAGACUACAAGCCUACAGGGAAUAUCUCCUUAGUGAACCUCAUCUACUCGCCUGCUUGUCACUCAAAGAAUGCAUCGCAGACCCAGACUUGGCUUUCAUGAGAGGCAUCAUUGAGCCUCUCAUAAUCCUGAGGAGGAAUGGAAGUAUAGAUUCCUCAAACAGCAUCAUUCUCGUAGACGGUCUUUGUGAAGCUGAAUACCAUAGACCGGACCAUGGAUACACCAUCGCUUCGUUCCUAGCAAGACAUGUACCAGAAAUGCCUACAUGGCUCAAAGUAGUCGCUACAGUAAGGACACAAUUUUUGGAACUGUCGAAGCAGUUGCCAUACACCAGGCUCAGUUUAGACGAGUCAGAUAAUGUUAACAAAGAUCUCCUGGAGUAUUUCAACACCAGACUUCAAGCCGCUCCUAUCAUAGAAACAAAUAUCAAGUGUUCAACUGGAAAGUCUGAAGGAGUACACAAUUCAGUGAUGAAAUUCGCACAAUACGUUCUCCACCUAAGCCAAGGCUCGUUUUUGUUCCUAAAAUUAGUACUAGACCUACUUGAAAGGAGUCAUAUUGUUGUAAAAUCUACAAAUUACAAAGUAGUGCCAAUAUCAUUGGCACAAAUAUUCUUGUUGCAAUUCAAUCUACGAUUCCCUACGGUACAGUCAUUUGAGAAAGUCACGCAUAUCCUAAGCGUCUGCUUAGCAGCAUUAUACCCUUUAACUUUGGUUGAAAUAUACUAUUCAGUGAAUUCAUUGCUGGUCAAUACGUUCCUUCCUUGGGAUGAGUUCUGCCACAGAUUUGAAUCCUUGACAGACUUUCUGGUGAAAAGGAUCGACAACACAUACAUGUUCUUCCACCCUUCGUUCAGGGAAUGGUUGAUAAGAAGAGAUGACAAUGAAAGCCCAAAAUUCCUCUGUGAUUUGAGAGCUGGACAUUGCGGUAUUGCAUUCAGGCUAUCGAGGGUACAAGCGCCAUUAGACUCAGAAAAGUCAAUGGAACUAGGACAUCACAUUUUAAAAGCACACAUGUACAGGAAUAUGGGCCCAGCGCAAUUAGGUUUAUGUCCAAGAGAUUUGCAGGCUAUGUUGGUAGCCACAAGUUCAGCCAAUGUUGGUGAAGCAAUUGCUAAUUUGAGGAAUAUUUACACUCCAAAUGUAAAAGUAUCUCGGCUGAUGCUCUUAGCUGGAGGUUCUCCCAACCAGAUCACAGAAUGUCUUGGUAGUGCCCCACUGCUAUGCAUGUAUGCGUAUCAAGGGAUAUUGGCAAUGGUUGGGCUGUUGAUAGAAUUUGGAGCUGACAUGGAAAUGACGAACUCUCAAGGUUGUACAGCGUUAUCUUUGUCGUGUCAAAGGGGGCACACGGAUGUUGCGAGGAGACUUAUAGCUGCAGGUGCAUCACUUAGUCAUACGGACACUGCAGAGCAGACUCCUCUAGUCCACGCAGCGAAGAAUGGUCACAGGGAUACAGUAAUCUACUUAUUAGGUUGCCAGACUGGCAACGAUAGAAAUUCUUUGGACAUCGAUGAUGGUAGCAUUGAACAACUAGUUCCAGGAUCACGACAUGCCUUGAUAGCUGCAGCCCAAAAUGGACAUUUAGAUAUUGUUGAAUAUCUCCUUGAUACUGCUGAAUUAAUUCCUGACGGCAUAUGUCCAGUGACAGGGGAAACAGCUCUCACAGCAGCUUGUUCAUCAGGCAACGCUGCAAUUGCUGAUGCUCUUCUCAUCCGAGGAGCUACACCAUAUUCCCUAAACGCUCGACAACUAUCUCCAUUAGCACUUGCAGCCAAAAAUGGCAGAACAGCUUUAGUACUAAGGCUCCUAGAUUCAGGAGCUGAUGUUAUGGGAUCUGGUGGAAAGAUUCCCUCGAUAUUAGCAGCUGCAGAAGGUCAUGCUGAUGUCGUUGAAAUGUUACUAAAUCAAGGUGCUGACCCAGACGCUGUCGAUGGUGAUGGAAUAUCGGCUCUUGGUUGGGCGUGUCUAAGAUCCAGAUUGCCCACAAUGAUAGUCCUGCUUGACAAAGGAGCUACCAUAGACCAACCUGAUGGUAGCGGUCGUACACCUUUGGGUCUAGCCUGCGGUGGACCAUCAGAUCUCGUUGAUAUCCUGCUGGAGAGAGGAGCCUCUUUGGAAAGAGUUGACCACAGCGGCCUUAGGCCGCUUGACAGAGCUAUUGGACAACGGAAUGUUCCCGUCGUCAAUUGUUUCUUAAGAAAAGGCGCUAAACUUGGUCCAACCACGUGGGUUAUGGCUUCGGGCAAACCAGAAUUCAUGCUAAUACUGCUGAACAAGUUAUUAGAAGACGGAAACAUGUUAUACCGUAAGAACCGACCUUCAGAAGCAGCUCACCGCUACCAGUACGCACUGAAGAAGAUAAACCCACUGAUCAGUGACGAAGGGUUGACGACUCCUACUACUCAGCCAGUGCCACAUGAGCAUGUGUCAGCUUUUGUGCAGUUGAAGACUAAUUUGCUGCUGAACUUGUCUAGAUGCAAGAGGAAAUUGAACGAACCGUCAGAAGCGUUAGACCUUGCAGCACGGGCCUCUGGCUUGCGUCCCAACGCCUUUGAGUGUGCCUACGCCAUGGCUCGAGCCAUCCUCGCCCUCAAUAAGCCGUCAGAAGCUCUUCCUCAUGCUAGAAGAGCAUUACUUCUCGCUCCAAGCACCGAUCUCUCCACCAUGCGAACUCUAAAAGCGCUUCAACAAGAAAUUUUAACAAGGAUCAAUACUGGGUCCCAUAGUCUCAACGGUGAUACUCGAUCUAUGAGGAAUUUUGACACAAUCAGCCUUAAUAUGCCAUAA